AUGUCGAUCCCUCAACUAAUCUUUGAAGCCAUCAAGCCUCCCGAGCUGCGGAGCUGGGAGCACUCUGCCUUGCUCGAAUGGCUUCAUGCGGACAUCCUGGGGGUGAUCGAGACCCGUUGCCGCACUCUCAAGAACAAUUUUGUGCCAGACGUCACGGCUUUGUUCCGUGAGAAGCUAAAAAUGGACCUGUCAAUUGAUGACUAUGACGCCCGCGUCUUUCAAUACUAUCAGGACUGCUCUCGCAUUGUGGAGAACAAUGGCCCGCAAGGGCUAAUCGCGAACGAUGAGCAGAAAGAGGGGGCACAGAAGCGGUAUCGCACUGCCAAGGAACAGCGGAAUGCGUCCAUUCGCUUCAAGACUGUACAAUCUGGUGCGGGCAGGAGUCUCGUGCGCAUCAAUGGAUUACUUGAGGUGGCGUACAUACCCGACUCAGCGGAUGAGGAGGACGAAUUUCCGGUUGGAGCGGAGCUCCAGACCCUCAACAGUCACUGCUUGGCGCAGUGGCGACUGAUCCGCUUCACAAGCGUCGACACCAUUAGUAACUUGUUGAACACGCUCCCUGGAAUUUGGCGUGGCUCGGCUGGUGCUGGACUGUGA